ACCAAGUUCCGCAUAGUUCAUAGUUACAUCCGCUAGGGACGUUAUGUUUUCACCCGUCUGUUUGUUUGUCAGCAGGAUUACACAAAAAGUAUUGAACCGAUUUGCACCGAACUUGGCGGAGGGAUGAGGCAUGGGCAGGGAAGAACACAUUAAAUUAUUUUGGUGCGGAUCUGGAUCAUUUACUUUGAAUUCUGAAUUUCUUUCGUUGACGUCUGAUGUAUGUUGUUUGACAUAGGCCGUGGCAGAGUUCUGCACUCUACUGACUGCGUUUUUCUAGUUGAAGUUAGGAGAUGCUUAUCUAACAUAUUAUUCAAAUUUUUUACGGAAACAUUGCUUCCCUCUCUGAAACAACCACAUUUUGGUAACAUAUACCUACAGCAGGUUCCUCAAAACAAAAUUUAAUCUUUUGACAAGGAGGUCAAAGUUGUUGUUGUUUUUUUUAAACAAAAUUAGUCCCUAGUCUGAAGGUGUCGUGGUCAUUUUUGAGUAGGGCCAUACCUAAUCUGGGCCACUACAGUCACUGAUAGGAGCUUGCCAGGGAUGUGAGAGUGGAAGAAGAAGAAAGGGAGCUCUUUGUUGAGACCUGAUGGAGUGAAUGAUAUCUGCGGCAUUUUGGUUUAGUUUUCCGUCUGCGUCUAUUAAACCUGAAUGAUGUGAAACCAAUCCAGCUCAGUGGACGGUGGGCACCACGAGAAGGUCCAGGGCAGGCUGCCCAGACCACGCAGUUGAGGGAGCCAUGGUGGGAAGCUAGCCGAGCUCACCUGGGUUUCAGCUUCUCAACAUGAAAUUCAUCAGCCUGCUGUCCUGCCUCAGCCUGCUGCUGGCAGCUGCAGUCACCCAGAGGCCAAAACCCUGCGUUUCUCCAGCGCUGAUGAAUGGAGGCCUCACUGUGAUGGCUGGCAACGGACUCUUCAUGUCGACAGGAACAAUAAGCUAUGAUGCUUUUGGACAGAGGAUGCGGGUUAAAAACUACGAGUUUAUUGGAAAUCGGACCUCUGCUGUGGACCAGCUGAUGCUUUUCAACAAGAAAGUCUAUUAUGAGAUCGACUGGAUCAAAUUUUCUUGCAAGAAGAGGGCGCUCGAUACCACCUUCGUUCCCAUGCAGGUGCCCUCUGAUGCUAAACUGAUGGGUCAGGUAUUCCUGGGCUCCUCCUCCUCCUGGGGAAUGGGAGUGCUAGUCAACAACUGGUAUGGAGACCUGCCACACAAUGGCAUGUACACGACUGUCUUUACCGAGACUGGCUGCAUCCCAAUGACCUACGUCGGCUACACUCCAGAUUCUGGAUGGACCACCAUCAGCACGUUCAACUGGGUCGUGGGCAACUCAAACCCCAUGGACUACACCCCACCUUUCUUUUGCGCUGAGUCGAAACUGGAGGAGACCGAGACACCAGAUACCAUCUUCACUGCCUUGGCGUCUCUGGCCAGGAAGACCAACGAAGAGGAGUGAACAUCUUGAGCAUCUCACCAAAAUAAUCACCAAUACUGCUCCCGUAAGGGCAGCAGAGCUAAAUUGAACCCAAAUGAUCCAGUAAUCAUCAUGGAAUGUAAAGCCAUUUAGAUUAACAUUAUUUCCAAGCUUGUUUUCACUUGCCAAGCCACAGGGAUGUCAAUUAUACUCUCGAUAUGUCAAACAGCAGUAUUUGUAUUGUUGUAAUGGGGCAAAUCUGGCACCUCAGUGUUUGGUAUUGCAGGCUAAAGGGAAAUUGUAAGCUGGUGAGACAGUAAGAUCAGAUCUAGGCUAUCAGAGGAUAAUUAGAGGUACACAUUGAGAACUAAGGGAGGGAGACCUUUCAGUAACACCUAAUGUGGCUUGAUCCCUGCUUUGUAUUGUCUCUUUCGUCCUUGUCAAUAAAAUAAAUUAAAAGCAUGGAAUAAUACUUUACUUACUUGGAGUUGGAUACUUGGGAGGAUGACUGUAGAAAGCAGCAGAAGAAUCAGGAAAAACAAAUACAAUGUGGAACAGUACAAAGUUUCAAAGAAAAUAAAUGUUAACAUUUAGAAGUAAAUGUUUAAUCCUUACAUGUUCUUCGUACUGAGACAUGAAACAUGUCUGUGGCAGAUUAAUCAGUGACGUUCAUCACCCAGUAAUUAAACUACAAAUGACACCAACUUCUGUACAUGCGUUAGCCCAAGUAGACUUUUUUUAUUUUCUAUGGAAGAAAAAACGUAGGAAAAACUAAUAAAACUUAGGACUGAUACGCUUUCUACAAAGGAGGGCUUUUCUUUUGUUUUUUAAUCUGUCAUAUUUUCUAACAUGUUAAUUAGUGAGAGAUGCGUUACCUUUGGAUUGUUUCCAGUCUUUGUGCUGAGCUAAAGUAAACCAGCAGCUGGCUAUAGCUGCAUAUUUGCCGUACACAUAAGAGAGUGGUAAUCUGAAAUCUAAAUACACAAAAGCAAACUAUCCAAUGUGGAUAAAGAAAAAAGUGGAUUGCAAGAGCAUCAAAAGAAAGGGAAAUUGGCAUACAAAACAUUUAAGGAUACUUUUAAGUUCUUCGAAUUCACAACGAAUAAUGCCUAAAAUAUAUGGCACAAAGUACCCAGUAUGGCAUGGUUUACAUUUGAGCUUGGAUAUUUAUUUAAUUAACUGUAUUUAAUGAUAAAACUGUUUUGAGACCAU